AUGUUUCACUCUCCAGACCACACCUCUCCGCCAUCAGUGGAAGGGCUGGACCUGUUGAGUCCCUACCUGUUCACACACAGAGGGUACAACUUUACCGUGGGGGAGACCGACCCCCAGUACAUCGACUCCCUCCAGAGCUUUGAGAUUCAAGAAACGGACAUUUUCCUCGUCUCCUACCCCAAAUCAGGUACGAUAUGGACCCAGCAGAUCCUGGUCCAGGUGGUGGAGGCAGCCUACCCUGAGAGUAGUGGCACCGACCAGAGCUCCACCAACCUGGAGAAGAUGCCCUGGCUAGAGUACCCAGACACCCGCCCCGAGCGCCCGCGCCCCGCACCUAGACUUUUCAUCUCCCACCUGCCUCCAGACCUGCUGCCCGCCAGCCUGAACACCAAGAGACCCAAGAUUGUGUACGUGAUGAGAAACCCGAAGGACAACAUGGUGUCCUACUACCACUUCUGUCACGUGUGGAGCAAGCUGGAGACACCCAUCAGCUUCCAGGAUUUCUAUGACCAGUACCUGACAGGGAAAAUGGUGGGUGGAUCGUGGUUCGAUCACAUCCGUGAGUGGUACACCAAGAGACAGCAGUAUGACAUUCUCUUUGUCAAGUACGAGGACAUGAUCAAGGACCUGAGGUCAGUGGUGGUGGAUAUCUGUGAUUUCCUUGGGAAGGACCUGACCCCCUCGGCCAUUGACCACAUUGUUGAGAAGGCCAGGUUCAAGAACAUGAAAAAGGAUCCAAAAGCCAACUAUGAGUUUCUGCCCAAAGACGUGCUCGUUCUGGAGAAAGGACACUUCCUACGGAAAGGUACCAUAGGAGACUGGAAGAACUCGUUGACGGUGGCCCAGAGUGAACGCUUCGACCAGGUGUUUGAUGAGAAGAUGAAGGACCUGCCUCUUAGGUUCACCUGGGACAUCGACCAACAUCACAGAGCCACCCAAACCAUUGGUCCCGGAGGGCACCUGUCACUAUAG